AUGAAAUCAAAAUCGAUCGUAGCUGUGCUGAAUCCAUUUCCUUCCCAACCACUCACCUUCUAUGAUCAUCCUUUAGGAUACAAGAACAUCACCGGAUAUGAUACAGUUGCAUAUUCAUGGUGGAGGUUUAUGAAUGACCCAACUGCACCUCCACACUGGCUUGUGCAAUUCCCGAUGGUCAAGGCCGCAGUGAGAGCCAUGGACACUAUAACACACUACAUGAAGAACAAUGAUAAUAAAGUCAUUAAAAGAUUUACAUUGACGGGCAUUGCGUUGGGUGGCUGGAUCUCCUGGCUGACGGCUGCUGUUGAUAAGAGGGUUGAAGGAAUUGUACCCAUUGCCAUGGAUUUCCUGAAUUUCACUGAGAGUUUCCACCACCAAUACCGAGCAUAUUGCGGCUGGUCUUAUAUGCUGAAACCCUUCUAUGAGAUGAAUAUAACACAAGAGUUGGAUAAUCCCCGUUUCAGUGAUCUGGUUCAUCUUGUGGACCCCCUAGCCUACAAUGAGCAAUACGCAGACAUAGCCAAGCGCAUAAUCAUUUAUUCAGGGGAUGAGUUCUUCCCGCCUGACAACUCACGUUAUUACUUUUCUCAACUGGAAGGUACAAAAUAUCUUCAAAUCUUGCCAAACUCUGAUUAUGGGUUUCAAGAAACAAAAGGAAAAUAUUUCAUAACUUUCAUCCUUCCCUUCUACCUCAGAUUGGUGGAAAACAGCAAGGAAUACCUUCCCAACGUCUCCUGGGAGAUGAAAAUGACAAACACCAGUGGGACUAUCAUUCUACGUACCUACAAUGUCUACAGAGUCUAUUCUUAUCAUGCUGACACAGUUGGGGGUACCAGGCGAGACUUCAGGAUGAAGAUAGCAGCUGGCAACUCUUCUAAAAACAACCCUGUAAAAUGGAUCAAGACUGAAUUGUGGGAAACAGAAAGAUAUCAUUAUAGGAAAGAAAUGUCAAUACCAGCAAAAGGAUGGAGAGCUUUCUUCAUUCAGGUUGUGUACGCUACAAAGAUGAUUGUAACGUCAGAAAUGCUCAUCAUGCCGGACACUUUCCCAUGCUCUGACUGCAAUGGAGAUGGAUGCCGCGGUACACUGGUCUGA